CCGUGGAGGAGACACACGUUCAACCUACGGCUUCUCAUGGCUGCUUUCACCUCAGCCAUCCCAGCUGCACUAAGCAUGCCGCUGUACGGGAGUUUUCUGUCUGACGAGCAGUUCCAGUGCUCCAUCUGCCUCGAUGUGUUCACCAACCCUUCGUCUACGCCGUGCGGCCACAGCUUCUGCAUGGGCUGCAUCAGCAGAUACUGGGAGGGACUGAAGGUGUGCCAGUGUCCUCUCUGCAAGAAAACCUUCCACAAGCGGCCGGACCUCCACAUCAACAGGACCCUCAGAGAGAUCACGGAGCAGUUCCGAUCCAUGAGUGGAGCGGAAGGAGGAGACGAGGUGGUGGGGAGGGAGAGCAAAGGGUUAACCGGAGGUGGAGGAGGACAUGGGGGAAUGCCAAAAAACCUACUGAACCAACUGAAGAAGAAGCUGCACCGGUCUCUUCAGAACUCGCAGGCGGUGACGAUCACAGACGAUCACUUCCAAGAUCACUCCAUCCAGGUAUCCUGUUCGCCCGUCACCACCUCGCUGCCGUCUCUGGAGCCCAACCACGGUCCACUCGCUGCCCUGAACCACACCUCUGCGUCGCCUCCACCGCCUUUCGCUCAUUCCAGCGGCCGGAGAAGGUUCACCGUGAGCGGAGCAGCGAGCAGCCACCACCUCCCUGUGUGCGACAUCCACCAAAGAGGAAUACUGAUUUACUGUAGGACAGACCAGGUGUGCAUCUGCCCCGAGUGUGAGACAGCAGAUCAUCUGUAUCACGACACAGUGACUAUAAAAGACAGAUGGAUGGAAACCAAGGCCCAGCUGCACGCGUCGGAGCAGAGCAUUCAGGACAUGAUCAGAGAGAGGUUCAACAAGAUGGAAGAGAUCAGAGCGUCACUGAGUGAAAUGAAGCUGGCGGUGGAACGAGAGACGGCCGGCAGCGUGUGCCUGUUUUCGGCGCUGGUGUCGGCCGCCGAGCGCUCGCAGGCCGAGCUCAUGGAGGUGAUGGAGAUGAACUGCAGAGCGGCCGAACACCAGGCCAGAGCCACGAUACGACAGCUGGAGCUGGAGGUGGAGGAGCUCCAGAGCAGAGGCAGCGCCCUCGCUCGGCUCGCCCAGUCCGACGACCUCGUGCACUGUGUCAAGACGUUCCCCAUUGUCACCAGUCUCCCACCUGCUAAAGACUGGUCCAGGGUGUCGCUGAACACUGAUCUGGGAACAGGGACCAUCUAUAGGUCGAUGGUCGCUCUGGUGGAAAGGUUCCAGGCAGAACUCAGGAGUGUUGCAGAAACAGGUUUCCCUGCCUCAGGCUUGGAUCGGACACAACCCAGAGUGAAGACCGUGCAGGAGUUUGCAGUGGACGUAACUCUGGACUCCAACACUGCACAUCCCAGACUGAUCCUGUCAGACGACAUGAAAAGUGUGAGAUGUGGUGAUCGGCACCAGCCGAUCCCAGGGAACCCAGAGAGGUUUGACAGAGUCGUCUGUGUUCUGGGAAAGGAGGCGAUUUCCUCUGGGAGACACUACUGGGAGGUGGAGGUGGGAGGAAAGACAGACUGGGACCUGGGGGUCGCUAAACAAUCGGUGAUCAGGAAGGGGAAGAUCGAAGUCAACCCGACCAACGGAUUCUGGUUCCUGAGCCUAAGAGACAAGAGUAAAUACGCCGUCCGCUCUGAGCCCCACACAGACGUCCACCUCGGCCUCCAUCCGCAGAAGAUCGGGGUAUUUGUGGACUUUGAGAAAGGACAGGUGUCUUUCUACAACGUCGAUGCCAGAGUCCACAUCUACACGUUCAACGACCCCUUCACUGAAUGCAUCUACCCUUUCUUCAGCCCCUGUACCAACAAAUCAGGGAAGAACGACGGGCCGUUGGUGAUCACGCCGGUAAACGCGAUGAGCUGACGCAAACCAGAGUUUCCUACUGUAACUUAUCAAAAGGGGAUACGAUAACAGAAACUAUGCCUCACCCUCCUAUUGGCUACAUUACUAAAACAGAGAGACCAGUGUGUGAAGGAGAGAGGUCUUGUGGACUGAUGAGGCUGGAAGUGUCCGAGGUGUUUGGAUCCCAGUGAAUCAGGUGUAUUACAGAGGCACAAAGCUCAUGAAAACAUGACAGACGUGUGGCCCAACAACAGGACGGCAUGGAGGUGGAAACGUGCCGACCUGCGACCUGCGAGUCCACGCAGCCAGUGGAGAUUGGGAGGAAGUCGUGUUGCAGCCAUGCAAUCCUCAGUGCUCCAGAUCUGGAGAUUCACUGUGACGCUACGGCCAACUCGAACCCGUCCAGACCACGGGGGGGCGUGAGUCCAGGACAACUGCCCACGAAAUGUUUAACAUCCAAACGCGAUUGUUGCACUCAAACAUCCAGAAAAUGUUCAUUCGUCAUGUUUCUAACUUUUAAUCCAGCAUACGUGUGCGUGCGUGUUCUCACUAGAAACACCAGUUUAGAUUGCACAUUUUCAUGCACAGUUAAUGAAAGGAUUUGAUAGUUCUUCUAUUACAACUGCACUAUUCUACAUAUGUGACGAAACUAAGAAACAAUUGAAUUCUAAUCUCACUGAUUUUUCCUCAGGGCACGUUUAACACAGUUUAGGAUUUUUACAUGUCUUUCGUUAAUGUAUUUCAUUGCCUGGUUACCUUUUGGUGGAUGGCGCCCUCAGCUGGACAACACAACAACUGGACAGGAAUCUCAUAAAACACAAAGGAGUAUUAAGUAGCGAAUUUACUUGUUUUUGAUCAAAAUGCCAAUCAGACAAUCAGUGUGAAUUUAUUAAAACAUUCGCUAUGUAUCAGAGGCAUAAGACCAAAUACAUGUACAGCGUAUUUAAUCAAAUGUCUAAAUACAUAAUUAAAUAAACAAAAUUAAAUAAGG